AUGGGCGACGACGACGACGGAUCCUCCAUCACGUCCUCGAUCUACAGCUACGUCUACGAAAACGGCCGAAGGUACCAUGCCUAUCGCGAGGGCAACUACUUGCUCCCCAACGAUGCCGAGGAGCAGGAACGGCUGGAUUUGUCGCAUCACAUUUUCAGACUUCAGCUAGGAGGCGCCCUGCAUUUCGCGCCCAUUGAUCGCAAUCUGAAGCGGGUGUUGGAUCUUGGAACAGGUACCGGCAUCUGGGCGAUCGACUUUGCCGACGAAUUUCCCAACGCAGCGGUCAUUGGCUGCGAUUUAAGUCCCAUCCAGCCGCAAUGGCGCCCGCCGAAUUGCUCCUUCUUCGUCGACGACAUCGAAUCCGACUGGACAUACGCUCGCCAUGAAGCAUUCGAUUACAUCCACGGCCGGGGCAUGGGCGGGAGCGUUUCCGACUGGCCGCUCCUCUGUCGGAGGUCGCUCGAGCAUCUGAACCCGGGAGGUUGGUUCGAGAUCCAGGACUACGACACGGCCAUCUAUGCGUACAACGACCCCGACCUGGAGACGGCUCCGCGGACGCGGGAGUGGCAGGUCCUCGUCAACCUCGCCGCCGAACGAUCCGGUCGGACGAUGAACGUCGCGCACCGACAGAAACAAUGGAUGAUCGAAGCCGGCUAUCAAGACGUCCACGAAGAAGUCGUCCAGGUCCCGAUCGGCACCUGGACCAAAGACCCCCGCCUGAAGGAGAUCGGCACCUUCCAGCUCGAACACAUGCUCUCGUGCAUCCCGGCCUUCACCCUCGCCCCGCUGACCCGCGUCCUCAACUACACCGUCGACGAAGUCCGGCUCAUCAUGGCCGGCGUGCGCGCCGAAUUCACCGAUCCGAAACGGCGCCUGAUGACGAAAUUCCGCUUCGUCUACGGGAGGAGACCCCCGCAUGCCCAUGCCCAUGCCCAUGCCCAUGCUCCCUCUCAUUCUCCUCCCGCCCCCGGGGAUGUCCUCCCCGCGGCGCCGACGGCGGAGGAGGAGAGAAGGGACGGGCCCCCAUCGCCGGACGCCAUCCGGAUCCGGAACGUGCGCGACAUCGGAUCGCAGGAGACGGUGGAUUCGCGGAAUCGUCCGUGA